AGCUAGCUUGACGGAACCAAUUGACUUAUGUAUUGGAUUACAACUUGAGAGAAAUCGCGGAUAUCAUAUAAAAGCACCACAUAACUUUCAAGACGGAAGUUAUCCGAUAGAUGCUCUAUUCAUGCCUGUUCGAAACGUGAAUCAUAGUAUUCAUUCUUAUGGAAAUGGGAAUGAAAAACAAGAAAUACUUUUUCUCGAAAUAUGGAGAAAUGGCAGUUUAACUCCAAAAGAAGCACUUUAUGAAGCCUCCCGGAAUUUAAUUGAUUUAUUGAUUCCUUUUUUACAUGCAGAAGAAGAAAACUUAGAUUUAGAGGACAAUCAGCCCAAAGUUUCUUUCCCCUUUUUUACCUUUCACAAUAGAUUGACUGAAAUACGGAAAAACAAAAAAAAAAUAGCAUUGAAAUUUACUUUUAUUGACCAAUUAAAAUUGCCACCUAGGAUCUACAAUUGCCUCAAAAAAUCCAAUAUACACACAUUAUCGGACCUAUUGAAUAGCCCUCUAUAAAACAGAAAGGAAAAAAAAAAAAAAAAAAAGGAGAACACUUAAAUUGGGCCACCGCCUACAAAUCAGUAUUUUAAUUAAUUGGAUUUAGACUUCAAAUCACACGACGCAUUAAAUUGAUGAUUGUGAUUUUACUUAGCAAUGAAGGAGAGAAACCCAGAGUCAAAUACCAAGAAAUAACUAAGAAAAUUAGAAAAUUUUCCAUUUUAAGAGAAAAAUUUGGUUGAUUGACAAAGAGAAAAAAUGGAGGGAGAUGGUCCACCUGUCAACGAUUGCUGUACGAUUUGCCAUGAUAACUUCAGCAUUCCUUGCCAGGCUAAUUGCUCUCACUGGUUUUGCGGGGGGUGUAUUUUACGAGUUUGGGAUCAUGCAUCAGCACUGCGACCAUGCUUAUGUCCUUUGUGUCGCCGUCCCAUUAGUUUGUUAAUACCUACUGAAUCUUCCCGGGAACAAAGGGCUAAUCCAGAAGUUGCAAAUAUUAUAGGGAGGAUUGAAUUAUAUAACCGUCAAUAUGGUGAACGAUCCAGUGAUCUCAUGCAGAGAUUGCGAGACCUUCCCUUUCUGCUUCGAAGGUUAUUGCGUGAUUUGAUGGAUCCUCAGAGAUCUCUGCCAUUUAUAAUUAGAGCUCGAAUUUAUUUGGCAGUGUUUUGCAGUGUCAUAUAUGUAUUGAGCCCCGUGGACAUUAUUCCUGAAGGAGUACUUGGGAUCAUUGGCCUUGUGGAUGAUCUGAUCCUGGUACUUAUCUGCUUUUUGCAUGUAGCUGCCCUAUAUCGAUCUGUUCUUGUUUUUCGUCAUGGUACUCAUGGAGGCUAAAGAGAUUUUUCAUCAGCUUUUAUUGCUCAAGCCACAAAAAUACAGUUGACGCCAUCCAUUUUUGAUUCAUAGCUUUACAGCUCUUUUUAUUUUGUCGGUGUAGUUUGUAAGAUUUUUACUGUGGUUUUGAAAUUGUAUCAGCAUCCGCUUUGCCCCUAAACGUUCAUAUAACAAGUUCCCAUUAAUCACAUAGUUUCAGUUUUCAACUUGUCAAAUUUGUCUGUGUCUGGCUCAUAUGUAUCAUUGUACUCCUUCAGGAAGGACCGCAACAAUUAUCUUGGUAAUUGAUAUAAUCCAGGUGACAUAUUAGUACAAUGUGACAACAAUGUGACUUCCAGACGACAA